CAUGAACGUUACCUUCUUCUCGAUCCCAACGUACGACGAUCUCUCCUCGUCGGGUGUUGUGCGCGGCGAAUAGUGACUGUGCGUUUACCCACGCGUGUGUAGUAAUGAACAACCACUUAAUUCAUAAUCGCUAAUUGUUUCAGUUUCGGUGAGUGGUCACUGUGCGAAAAAUGCUACCUUCUGAAAGGUGAUUCGUCUGUAGAAUUCAAAUGAAAAAUCUUCAUUCCGGAAAAGUCUUAAGUUAAAGAAAAGUGAAAAAAAAAAAACGAUUCCGCAGCAGUAGCAAUGUGGAAAGCUUAGCAUUGAGCAGUGAAAUAUAUUCUAUAUGCUAAAUAGUAAUUUAUUAUCGUGGUGCUGUUUUUAGACGUGCUCUGCUAAAAAUAUCUUCCUAUAUGCAGCGAUGUAGGGAAAAAAAGUUCGCGUUGGUGUGCGAGAACGUGUGAAGAAGGAAAAACAAGUGUGUAUCUUAACCAGGGCUAUCGCGAGUGUGUAGUAUAGCCUGUUAGUGGCAUUUAAAACAGCAAAUUCCCACCGUCUAACGGUAUAAACAACGAACUGAAUACGAGACUUUUGGCCCGAAUAUGAGCCUGCAUAUUUUUGUAGUAGAUUAGUAUGCGUGCCUGGAUCAAGGUGCCAAAAGGGUUGUAUUUAUCGUUUACAACCGCUGCGUUGCGCUGCGCUGUCGCUGUGCUGUUGCCGAGAGACGGAAAAGCAAACCCGUCUCGGUUUCGGGGAAAAAGUCGUGCUGGCUGAACUCUCGGAGGGGGUUCCAUAGAUAGCAAAUACAACUACAACAGCAGCGCCAGCAGCAGCAGUAGAAGUUAACAACCAUUGCGUCUUCACAGGGACCCCCGCGUGCCAACCAAGUGAACGUUUGUUCAUGGCAUUCUUUCCCUGAUAGCCGAGAACUUGUCCGCUUGCUGUAUUUGCGUAGAUAGGAAUAACCGUCCGUCCGACUGGUGGUAAGAGUCCUCUUACGUUUCUGCACUUACACAGACAUUCAGACAGGAAGAAUUGGCCGACGCAGUAGCAUAGCAGCUGAGAAAACAACAACAAGCGAAAAAUAAACAGAAACACAAACCGCGCGCAGUCCCAAUGCCGAGCUCAGCGCUAGCAGCUAGAGUGUUCACCACUUGCUUCGAUCCUGUCUGCUUACACUAGUUUGCCGACCGUCGGCCCGUUGGGAUGCGUUUUCGUUCGUUUGCUUGCUUGUUCGUUCCGUCGCUCCGUGACUGAGUAAGAAGUGAGAUUGAACCCCUAGCCAGAACCGGUGAACCGAAUCGCGCGUAAGUGAAGAUCGUGUAACAAAGUCGCUAGAUUACCGGUGUGACAGGGAACCGCGUGGGCGUCCAGCGUGAAAGUGUGUGGAAAGAGUCGCCUAUCCGUUCAAGAUCGUCGCAAGCGCAGGGUUUAUUUCGGUGGCGCGUCGUCGCCCUCGCCAUCGUCGUUGUCGUCAAGUCCGAACACCUAUACUAAAUUACGUCACCCUGAUGUUUGGACCUGCCAGCUACUGCCAGUCAUAGACGUCUUUAGUGCUAGAUGGCGUAUGAGCUAAACCUGCUUUGGUGCUGUUGAAGAGUUUGCGUAUCACUUUCUGUUGCUUUUGUUGACGAACAAGAAGUGCCUGGUUCGAGGCCGUGACAGAUCUCUGCAUGCUGGAUGAGUAUUUUCGGUCGACGAUAAUAAAAGCAACCAAAUGUGGCGUGUGUUUUAUAAACAAAUAUCAUUUCGCAGUGAUUCAAAGCAGUAAGCAUAAGGCAGAAUAAAAAAUUUAAUUCGAUGUUGUGAAAGUUGUGUCACAUCUGGAUACUGCCUGUGCUAAGUGAUCAAUUACUACUAUCAUGAGAUCAUCGUGUUGAAAAAUCUUUACAACAGUUGGUUCAGCGUUCAAGAUCAUGUAACGAGAUAAGUGAUUCUAGAGAGCGUGCUUAAAAUAUUAUUGCUUACAACAAUAGUGUUCGUAGUCGGUACCGUAACCAACUGGUAAAUCGUGUUUGAAUUAUUGUUUCAUCAUCCGGCAACAACGGACGGCAGCGUCAUGAACGGCGUCACACUAAUGGACGAAAACGAUGUGGACAUCAAGAGCCCCAUUCGGCGGCUAGGAUCAACCCGCAAGCUUAACCUCUUCAACAACAUCCGACAACAGCUGAACGAACAGCUCAAGUUUCUCGACGUACGCAUGGAAUCACAGAUCUCGCUGAUUCAGGAAUUGCAAGACUUCUUCCGGCGGCGCGGAGAGGUAGAGUUGGACUACAGCAAGAGUCUCGAUAAGCUGGCCAAGAGCUUACAGUUACGACACAAGGAACAGCGACAAAAACGCGAACAGUGGCCAAUGUUCUCGUCGUACUCAUGCUGGCAACAGCUAGUGAAUCAGACCAAAUCCUUGUCCAGGGAUCAUGCUGCACUUUCCGAAAUUUACUCAGUACACCUAGUGGCACGGUUGCAAUCCGUUUGGGAUGAUGUGCAACGGAUAUACAGAAAGUGCCGCGAGAUAGGCUUCGAGACGCACGUCGAGAUCUUGCGAAUCCUGCAGGAGCUACACACCAACAUGAAAACCUAUCACACUUACCAAACCGAGGCCAAGGAGGCCGAAAAGAAACUUCGAGCGGCCGAAAAUCAACGCAUGAAGCUGCAGCAAAGUGUGCCCAAAGAAAAGCUAGAACGAAGUAAAAAGUACCGACUGAUCGAGAAGGAGGUACUGAAGCGCAAGAACAAAUACACCGAUGCAAGACUGAAGGCCCUGAAGGCGAAAAAUGAGUACCAGCUGUGUCUGGAGGCUUCCAACACCACUAUUCACAAAUAUUUCGUCGAGGAUCUGAGCGAUUUAAUCGAUUGCAUGGAUCUCGGAUUCCACUCAGUAGUCUCGCGGGCGCUGCUGAUGCACGUUUCUGCCGAUCAGGGCCGCUGCCGGGCAGUUCUGAACAAUACGGACACCCUAUCGCACAUAAUAAACUCGAUGGACAGUCGGGCUGACAAGCAAAAGUUCCUUGAGCAGCACAGUGCAGCUUUCAUGAUUCCGAAACGGCUCGAAUUUCAGGGUCAGGAAGAAGACAUUGAGCCGGAACUGCAGAAAGCAUUACAUCAGGAGAUGGAAUCUCGCCUGUUCCAACUCGAACAGAGGGUCAAUAACCUUCGAAUGGAAUCGGAGGAAAUUUGGAAGACGCUAGAAACGGCAGAAAUUAAUCUGCUGGAAAUUCUAAACACCAAGGACUACGAUUGUAGUGUUGCGUUUGGCGAGGGAGCGGCUGGUUUUCCGAAACCGGAAAAUACGGCGCUCAAACUAAGAUCGGACAAGAAUGAGAUCGAAGAAUUUUAUAUAACGAAAAUUCGCGAAUACAUACUCGCUACAUCACGAAUAGCAAGGCUUGACUCUAAGGCAGAAUUCUUGCGCAGUGCACUGACCAAGGACUCAGUCGUAAAGGCGGACACACUCACCAAAUCCAACGUACCAAAGCGAAAGCGAAUCGGUCGUAUGAACAAAUCCGGCCGGCCAAAGCUGUUCGGUGGUUCACUGGAGGAGUACCUGGAAACUACCGCUGAGGAAAUUCCACUUAUCCUGCGAAGCUGCAUUCGGGUUAUUAACUUAUACGGGCUGCAUCAUCAGGGUAUCUUCCGAGUGUCUGGAUCUCAAGUAGAAAUAAGUAACUUUAAGGAAGGCUUCGAACGGGGCGACGAUCCGUUGGCCGACACUACUGAUGCCUCGGACAUCAAUUCGGUGGCCGGGGUGUUGAAGCUAUAUCUGCGGGAGCUUCGAGAACCACUGUUCCCGUUGAUUUACUUCGAUCACUUCGUUUCGCUGGCACAGCUAGAAUCGAAGCAUGAAAUCGUGCUGGGCAUUAGGAAAUUCUUUCAGAGUUUGCCUAAAUCGGUUGUCAUCGUGAUAAGAUAUUUGUUCGCGUUUUUAAACCAUUUAUCGGAAUAUUCAGACGAAAAUAUGAUGGACGCAUACAAUUUGGCUAUCUGUUUUGGACCCACGCUCAUGCCGGCACCAGAAGACAAGGACCAGGUGCAGUACCAGAAUCAGGUCAACGAACUGAUCAAAAAUAUUAUCGUCUAUCACGCGGAACUAUUCCCCAAGGAUCUCGGAGGCAUGCAGUAUGAAAAAUUUAUCUCAUCCGAACCGUUCGAGGAUAUUGAUGUUGGCGACUCUCCCACGGAACAGGUAUCAGAGGAUCCGGACUCUGAAGUUUACCCAUCGGAGGAUGAAUCAGACACAUUCGAAGCAAUUGUACAGUUUGACUUUAAUGCACGCUCAGAACGUGAACUGUCGUUACGAAAGGGUGAUAACGUGAUACUCUACAAUCAGGUCUCCAACGAUUGGUGGCGUGGAGCAGUGAACGGCAAAACCGGGCUCAUUCCAGACAAAUACAUUUCACUCAAAAUAAAGGACGAGGACCGGGACAAAAGUGAACACUUGAAGUCAUCCAGCUCGGAGGAAUCGGUCCGAAAGCGCCGCCCUAGCGGAAACAUCUCUCUAAACAGUCAACUUUCGAUCUGCACCCAGAACUCAAACACGCUGUCGAAUAUCACCUGUGGAAGCGAUUACACGGGUUCAACUAUCAGUACAGCGACUCAAGGGGGUGGUGGUGGUGGUGGAAACAGUUCAGCACCUCAAAGUGGUGCUGGCAGCGGCGGCGGUGGAAGUGGAAGUGGAAGCACCGCCAGUGUUCCCCCCGUAACUGGCUUGUUGCAAACUUCUAUGUCUUCCUCGCCCGGUCAUCCACAGUAUCAAACGAUUCAACAAAUGCAACAACAGCAACAACAACAGCAGCAACAACAACAGCCGGCCCAAAUUCCGAUCAACCACCAAGUUACGCAUCAACCACCGCUUCCGUCGGCUCAUUCGAUAAGCAUUGGCGAAAAGCUGAUAGCUGAGUUGAAAGAUCCGGACUACAUCCACUACGAUACGGUAGACCUCAAAGCGUCGACCUACAGCUAUCACGACGAACCGCACUCGUUCGAGACCUCAGCGGAAUACCUGGAGGACAUGAACCACUUCACAUUCGAGCAACAGAAACCAUCGGAACCGAUCUACGCCGAACCGACUAAAAUCACCGUCCAACGCGAUAAAUCGCCACUUCCGAGCGGCGGCGGCGUCGAAAGUGGUGGCAUUCUUGUUGCUGCUGCUGCUGUCGGGUCAGUUGGUGGUGGCGGCAGCGGCGGUGGUGAGGAUCCCGAUGACAUGGUAGAAUUUCGCUACGCCCUCGGCGGCAUGGGAGACCCACCGGAGCACACCAAAUCGGCACUGAUGUUGAACCGUCGAAGUGACACCCUACCGCUGGGUAAGUCGGGAGACGGCAAGAACCAAGCCGGCGACGAAAAUGGUGAGCUAAAACCGAUGCGAAAGUACCAUUCGAAAAGUUUUAGCCUCUCGGAAAAUAAGCUCAGCUUGGUGUCCACCGUCGGUGGGAACACGGGAGCUUCGACGUUGAAUGUGUUUCAGCAGAAUCGAGAUUUGUGGCAGAAGCGAGCCGCCCAGAGCUCCUAUCAAAACUUGGCUACGUCGAGAAUUCUAAGUCGGAACAGAAUUGCACCGGAUCUCGUUAUGGAUCUGCCUCCGGCUAUUGGGAAAGAUGGCCCCGGUAGUGCGUCACGUGAGUCUCUGGACAGUGAAUUGGAGGAUAUGACAUCAGCGGAACGGUUUGCUGCGCAAAACCAAUGCACACUGAAGAAGAACGAGAGGUUCUCUACCGAGUCAGUGGUGUACGAGAACACGAGCAACACUGGGAAGAAAGAAGUUAAACUGGAUUUGAAAGGCGGACCACCGCCGGAUAAACCGAAAGCAGAAGUCAAACCACAGGAGAGUAACAUCAAAACGCCGACUUCAACAGAUAUUCCAAAAAUCAUCGAAGAAGACGGUGGUGCUGAUGUGGGAGAAGACGUUGCGGAGGGUAUAACUAGGGUCACUUCAGAAGAGGUCGACCUGCAUAUCGACGAGUCAUCCGUUGGCGAGGGACUCCAGGUAGCCGUAUUAGUGCCGAAGGAACUGGCGAAAAGUCCGAUCCCAGCACGAAAUACGCAAAAGUUUGUAUCUCAAUUCGCCGAUCUGCAUCUGACCGGCGGAUGUUUGGUGAAAGCCUCGGAAAGCACAUCCGCGGCGGCUGCUACAUCGCUCGCGCAGGAGCAGCAGGCUAAAAGUCUUAGCUCGUUCAAACCCCAGGUUAAGGUUAAACCACAAAUAUUGAAGAAGCCACAGGUACUUCCACCGCACACACCCGAGAUGGGGCGACGGACACAGGACUAGAACCGGCGAAUGGGCCUCGGUUGUCGGUCCAAAACACUCAAUUUGUAAGUGAUAUACCAAAUAGAACAGUAGGAAAUCAGUAGGAAGUGAAAUCGAGGAAUUUUGUGCAAGGAUGGCAUGAUGAAUUAUGGGAAUUUGAGCGGUUAUUGGGAAUUGAGGGAAAUAUUACAGGGUCUGUCCCGAACAUCGCGAACGCAAAGCAGGGGCGCACGCUUACUACAGUUUUAGCACAGAGAAGUUUUUGGUCGAAUUUUAGAACGGGCAUACGAAUGAGUGCAGGAAAUUGGACAGUAAAAACACCAAUAUUUCAAUGUAACAAUAAAUACUAUAAUAAUGUAAGACUGGAUUGGUACAAUAUGCAAGUUGAGAAGAAAAAUUAGGAAGGAAAAUCGUUACUCAACCCCAAAAUCGGAUCAAUCGUAGCAAGUAGUACUGUGACGCUCUCACGCAAAUAAAAAAUAUCGAAUUUCUAAGUCAGUAGCGGUACAAUUUUUAAGUGUAUUAUUAAACGCAGGGAAAUACGUGCGGAUCGAUAGGCCCAAAAAAUUAAAAGAAAUGUGUAGGAAGUAGAAUGCGUAGGAGAAACGUACAUCACAAAAUUAUCUUUUGAUUAUCAUCAGGUUUAAGCAAGCAAGAAAUAGUGCGCGCAUAAGAAGGACUCUCUCCAGUGAUUUGGGCGACAAACGAUUUAUUGAUAUUAGCAUUAGUUUCAAUUGUACUGCUAACAACAUCUCCGAUUUUAAUUUUUUCAUAGUUAUUGUACAAGCAUUCAAUUAUUUUAAAUUAAGUUUCAACUUUGAAGGUAUCGCUCUGGCGCAAGCAAUCUACAUUUGGAUAAGUUUUAAUAAAAUAAACUAUUUUUAAAGUUAAACUUAUUCGGGAAUAUUCUUCGUUCACGUACCUAAUUGUUUUUUGAAAAAUAUUCUGCCCAAAUUUUUUGUAUAUGGACAUCAUUUAUUGCGAUCUCGAAGAUUUGUCAUUCGAAUGAUUCGUGACUUAAACAACGAAAGUUCAAUUCCAUAUUUUUUUUGUGAGCUUUUUUUCGUCAUUCAAAUAAACGCUAAACCCGCCGAUACUCUAGAAACUAGUUGGUUCUAAUCCGUUCCAACCAAAUCUGCAUUACAAUCCGAUAUCAUAGUCACACUCGAACCAUAGGAGUAAUAUAAGUACAAUCUAACCACCAGGUUGUUGCAUUCUAGGCACAAUACAGACUAAAAAUAGUUUACAGAACUACCUAGCAGCGGAAGCAGAAUCUCAAUUUAAUCGGCUAAUAAAAAUCUUUGUUGUCCAACAUUAAUACGUAUACAACUAAAUCUGCAGCAAAUACAGUAAACAAUAUUCAAAAAAUAGUGAAGAAAAAAACAAGCUAAUAGUAUUCAAAACAAGGGAGCUAUCAAUCACUUCGGUGACUAAAUCAAAUAAAGUCUAUAUGAAAUAGUAAAACUAAUACCAAUAUACGAAUCAAAUCCGGUGAUAAAGCACUAGUACAUACUAGCAGUCUGAGUGCAGCAUCAAGCCAUAAAACAGAGACGACGAGUAAACAGAAUGCAUAAAGUUAGUACAUACCUAUCUGUUCCAUCAUAUAACCUAGCGAAGUUGGCCAUCCUUCUUAAUCGUAUCCACAGUCAUUUUCAUAGGCUCAAACGAACUGUCUGUCUGUCUGUCUGUCACGUGAAAGCUUAUACACAUUCAAAACUCUAUCCACAUUCUAUACCAUCUUGUAGCCAUUGCAUUGCAUUACCAUUUAAUCACUACUGCACAACUCACAUUAACCCGUACAAUUGUUCCAGAAUAAACGAAUCUAUGAAAUCGCGAAUGAUUCGA